UGCCGAUGGCUUCACUCCGAAUCCAUUCUCACGCGGAACUCCGAAUCUAGCCUUCACGCACCAAUAGGCUUGAAGAACUCAGCAAGCGGCUGCUUCUUGUGGCGUAGUUUCCGUGCGCCAAGCGCUUACUAUCUAGGACCAAAUGUACUUCGAGCUUCUGCCUAUUGUCUGCUGACAAGGUAACACUUCAUCGUUGCACAAAACCUUUGCAAUACACAAACCUGUAUAUCUGAGAUUCAUUCCUUAAGACACCGCGUGCCCUACCUGAUACUUCCUACUCUAAGACUCCAUCGAGGUUUCUGUCAUGGAGGGGACACCAGUUACGAUUCCAGUUGACGAAGCGAAACGGCUUGCGGCGGCCGAGAUCAGACUCGAGGUCGCUAAAGAGGAAGACGCCUACCGUUUCGCUGAAGGUGUCUACGCCUGCUUCCUUCAAUCUUCCAUCGAUAAGAUGGAUCCACCACAUCUGCGCCCAUCAAAAGACAUCCAGGUCCAACGCCUUGCAAAGAGAGUCCAGCCUACGAUCUCCCAGCCUGGUAUGCACUGGAUCAAGGCCGUACAUGUCUCAACCAAUACCAUCAUCGGCGCUGCAGCUUGGGCAGGUCCUGACCUCCCCGUGCACAACAUCUUCCGCCGCUCAGCUAUCAAGUUCUAUGGCUGGCAAGAGAAAUUGGGAUGGUCCGACGCCGAUAUUGAUGAGAUGUAUGCCCAUGUCGACGACGAGGCAUGGAGCGGAGGCCACGCUCGGAACGAUGAACUGCGGAAUAGUGUUAUGAACAGCGAGCCGCACUGGUAUCUUGCCUCGCUCUUCACGUGGCCUGAGUGGCAAGGCAGAGGUGUCGCCAAAAGGUUAUUGGAUUGGGCGACACUGCAGGCUGAUGCUGAGCAGCCGCCUACGCCCAUUUAUCUGGAGGCUUCGGCUAUGUCGAAAGCCGUGUAUGUACACGUUGGUUUUGUGCAGCAAGGAGAGAAGAACUACGUGAGGAGAGGACCACGAGUUGUAGAAGCCGUUGGUGAGAAAGAGCAGGGACAUGUGGAGAGCAAGGCUGGGAAGAUUGAGGUUGAGGUUGUGGCAAACAAGCUGGAAGCUGACAUGGCUCACUGAUCAUUGCUCGAGAGUCAUUAGGUCAUAGGUCUUGUUCUUUGAACUAUUCAACGUUCAGUGGACAGCAGUACCGCUUGAUAAUGAUGUUUUCGUUCUCGCAAACACUUAGAUCCCCAAUGACGCUGAUGUUGUUCCAGGUGCGAUAUGGUAGCCGCUAUUUUGGUGCUGGGAACAGCGUAGGUACAUCUUCGUAGUCAAGUGAAAGACCUUACGCCACGACUGCGGCACGGCCCGCCGGUGCCAUAUAAUCUUGCCCU